CCCGGCCAACAUGGCCCUGACGGCCGAGACCGAGUCCCGCCUGUACCGCUCGCUCCGCGUCGCCUCUGGCGCCGCCGCGCACCUCGUGGCGCUGAGCUUCCCCAUCGCCGUGGCCGUGCUGGCCCGGCCCGGAUCCAGUCUGUUCUCCUGGCACCCGCUGCUCAUGGCGCUCGCGUUCUCGUUCCUGAUGACGGAGGCGCUGCUGAUCUUCUCCCCGGAGACCUCGCUGCUGCGCUCCUUCUCCCGCAAGGUGCGAGUGCGGGCGCACUGGGCGCUGCAGCUGCUCGCCCUGCUCUGCGCGCUCCUGGGGCUGGGAAUCAUCACCUACAACAAGCACCUGAACGGCAAGGGCCACUUCGUCACCUGGCACGGGCUGACGGGGCUGCUGGCCGUGCUGUACGCGGGCGGGCAGUGCGCCGGGGGCGUGCUCCUGCUCUACCCCAAGCUGAUGAAGAACUGGACGCUGGCCAAGCUCAAGCUGUACCACGCCACCUCCGGGCUGGUGGGCUACCUGCUGGGCUGUGCCAGCCUCAUGCUGGGCAUGUGCUCGCUGUGGUUCACCACGGUGGUGACUGGUGUCUCCUGGUAUCUGGCUAUGCUGUGCCCCCUCCUCACCAGCCUGGUGAUCAUGAACCAGGUGAGCAACGCGUACCUGUACCGCAAGCGGAGCCAGCACUGAGGGCCUGGCGCACAACCAAACCCCCUGAGUGAGCUGGCGAGGCCCCCCCUCCUCGCACGGGGUCUUCUUGGAACUUUGUUUCUACUUUCUUGUCUCUCGUUAGUCCUGGAUUGUCCUUAGUGUCAGCUACAAUGUGUGUGUGUGACACCUCACACCCGCCCCGGUGGGGACGUUUCCCAGCACAGGUGAAGCUGCUGUCCCUGCAGCAGUUGGUGCUCAGUGGUGGGAA